UGUUUUGUAUUUUGUUUUUUUCUUCUCUCAUUCAUGGAAUGCGUGCUGCCUGCCGCAUGGUCUCCGCUUCCUUGCACUACUCGCGCUCCUCCCUCUGCUCGUCGCACAGGUUUGCCUGCCAGGUCGUGCUGCGGGCGGGCGAGCGAGCGGAUCUCCAUCGCCUCUGCCGCUGCCCUGUGAGUACGUAACUAAGUAAGUUAGUCACUCUCUCGGAUCUUUUGCUCUCAGUUACCGUCCUUUUUCUCGCUUUCUUUCUUAAUUCUACCUCUUCCUCUCUUUCUCUCAAUCAAUCACUCACCAUCGCCUUUGUAUUCCCCUCGCCGAUCCAUCGCAUUCCUCUUGUUUCCCUGUAUCCUCCUUGUAAUCUGUUGUUCUUCUUCGUCUGCUGCCUCGUCUUCUUCCGACCUUCUUUGCUUGACCUCUCCUUGUCCUUUUUUCUGCGCAAAUUUUCGGACAACUGGUUGUCGUCGUCGUCAGCAAUCAUUGGAUCGCCUUGGAUCUAUUGGAUGGCGCAUGUGCCACAAGCUUAGGUUUCGUCGGGCUGCAUCUCUUAUUGUAGCUCACGCUUGGUCCUCCUCCAAUUAGGGUUCUCAUUUCGCCCUUGGAACCCUACAUAGGUCUAGUUCUCGCGUGGACAGGGGUCGCUACGGUUGCGACUGAGUGGCUAUGGCAGGAGACGGGAAGGACAUGACCAAUACAGAUGGAUCAGAUUUUGUGCAGGAGGUCACGCCCUUUCCCUUGGCGGAAGAUCUUUUACACGUCUCGAGGCAGUUGACAUCGGAAACCGUUGUGCUGCAGUUAGACCUGAGCGAUGCUGACAAGGAAAAAGAAAUUGUAGGUAGCAUCAAUGAAACUCUGGGUCCAGAACAUCCGUUUGAACCUUUCUUACAGGAGUCGAUAAUAAGUAGGACGGAAGUUGUCGAAGCACCUCAAGGCCUCGCAACGGACGGUAUCGACGGCAAUGGAUCUACUCUGCCAGCAGAGCACGCAGCUGUGAGUGAUUUAAAUCCUGAAAACGCUGGCACAGGGGAUGUUUCAGAAAAGAGAGUGGGUGAGAAAAUUGCACUUUUUGAAGGACUCGCUGUCGUACAAGGGGAUGAUAGUGAGGAGUUCGGCCUAAGAAAAAUAGAGAGUUUAGACAGCCAGUAUGACAGUCAGAAUGAUCCUGGGACAAUGCCUGGAGCUGAGCUUUCGGAGGCACCUCUAUCUCACAACGAGCUUGCUGAGAAUGGUGAAGUUGACGGGCUAACUGAUAGAGCGGCACAGAGAAUAGGAGAAAAUGCUGUUUCUUCAGGAGAGGAUAUUCUGUUUGAGGGACUUACACUUGUAGAUCUCUCCAGUGAAGCCCCUGCCAAUGGGGCUGUCAACUUUGAAUUAGGUGGCGUAUCUGUGAUGGAGAGAUCAGCGGAAGUGACUAGAGAGUCUGUCAGAAUAGACGGUAAGAAUGAGAGUGUGACGGCAAGUGAAAGCUUAAAUGUUACGUCCAAGGAAAUUGAAGUAUCUUCCGGUCCGCAUACAGAUGUUACUAAUGAAACACGCAAAGUUGAGACAUUAGGAGAGAUACUUUCGAGAGAUCGUGAAGAAAAAGCGUCUCGAGAAGUUGGAAAGGAGACAGGUGAAGAGAUAAACAGUGGCCAAAGCAGCUCAGGCAACCAUGUGCGAAUUGCAUCUGAUCCUAUGGGGAGCACGUCGGUAGGAUCACAAGGCAAUGGAGACACAAUGCCUCGUAAAGUUCUAAAGUCUGCACCGUUGGUCAAUUCGGACGGAAAUGACGCUGUGAAUCACAGGUCAUCUACAAGUGGCACAAACAUAGUUGGAGACAUUCUGUAUAACAUUGCUGUUGGAGAUGAGGAAGGGCGCUCCCGACAACGCAUUCUUGCUUUUGCUGCGAAGCGGUAUGCAGCUAACGUGGAGAGGAAUCCCGAGGACCACGAUGCUUUAUAUAACUGGGCACUGGUUCUUCAGGAAAGUGCAGACAAUGCUGGGCCAGAGGUGGGUUCUCCGGGAAAGGAUGCACUGCUGGAAGAAGCAUGCAAGAAAUAUGAAGCUGCCACUCAACUGUGUCCUACCCUUCAUGAGGCUUAUUACAAUUGGGCCAUAGCAAUAUCCGAUCGUGCUAAGAUUAGGGGCCGCACCAAGGAAGCCGAAGACCUCUGGAAACAGGCGUGUGAUAGAUACGACCGGGCUGUGCAAUUGAACUGGAACAGUCCUCAGGCAUUGAAUAAUUGGGGACUUGCAUUGCAGGAACUUGGAGCCAUUGUUGCACUGAAGGAGAAACGUGCUAUUGUCAAGAAAGCAAUUAGAAAAUUCCGUGCUGCUAUUCGACUCCGAUUUGACUUUCAUCGUGCCGUUUACAACUUGGGAACUGUGCUGUAUGGUUUGGGAGAGGAUAUAGCAUGGUCUGGGAGAAAGCUGUCAUCGAAAGAACUUUCGCCAGCUGAUUUGAACAGCUUGUCUGCCAUCUACAUAACUGCUGCACAUGCGCUGAAGCCUGACUAUCCAGUGUAUCGAGGUGCCCUGCGGCUAGUUCGGAAUUUCUUGCCGCUGCCGUACCUUCGAGCUGGAUGGUUGAGGAUCCCACCUGCUGGGGACUCUUUGGCUCCGCAUAGUGAUUGGUUGCGAUUAUGGUUUGUUCUCGACCAUGAAGCGCUUUACGAGAUGGAAAAAGUUGAUCGGAAGUCCCUUGCACAUAGCUACUCAAGACGCUCUAGCACAGUCACCUCAGAAAGCAACACUGUGAACAGUUUCGCUCCUAGACUAUCUGCUUUAAGAAUCGAGAUGGAGGACAUUUUAUGUCUCGCUCCAACAGCUGAUCUUAGCCUUCCGCCUGGAGGAGGAUUUUGCAUUGACACUGUCGCCGGUCCACAAUACUUGAUAGCAGAUACCUGGGAAAGCAUGGAUGCAUGGGUGGACGCCAUUCGGUUAGUGUACACAAUCUAUGCCCAGGGCAAAAGGGAUGCCCUUGCCAACGUGCUAGUUGUCUAAUUGUAGCAAGUGCAAAUCUAAUUAACCUAGCUGUGUAGUUAUCUCUUUUCACAGAAAACUUAGAAUAGCAGGUGUUAAUGGCGUUGAUUAGGUUGGUUAUGAGAGGCACAGACAGCGCUAUUUUGGUAAUAUGUUGGCUGUAGUUAGCAUAUGAUGCAUUGAGAAAAUUCCCUUCAAUAACAAUCAUUCAUAGAUCUUUGUUUUC